AUGGUGGUGUCUCACUGGCAACAGCUUCUCAUCCCUUCUCUAGUUACGGUAGCACUAGCUACUUCGACUGCUGGAAUGUCAUCAUCGUCAUAUACCUCCUCCUCAAGCGAAUACGCAGAUGUUGGCUAUCGCAUCCCAGUUCCCGCGCUUAUAGCUCACGGCUUCAUGAUUAGUUUUACCGUUGGCGUAUUCCUCCCACACGGUGCCAUGAUCAUCCAGGUAAUGCCUUGGACCAAUAAAGUGACUCGGCUUUAUGCACCAAUACAAGCGCUCACUCUUGCUAUGAUCUUAUUUGGGAUGGGCGUUGGCAUCUACCUAAGUGUCACCACAACAAAGAUAAGUUAUUAUCAUCCCAUCAUCGGCUUCAUUUAUGUUGGACGGUUGUUGCUCUUCCAACCUCUUGUGGGUCUCUAUUCACAUCUUCAUUUCCAGGGGACCGGUGCUAAGAGUGUGUUGGCCUAUGUUCAUUGUUGGUGGGGUAGGAUUAUGGUUAUACUUGGCAUUAUCAACAGCGGCUUGGGGUUCAGGCUCGCAGGAAUUUAG